AAUCAGUACACGACACUGAAUCAUAAUACAACAAGACGAACAACAAACAAACGUCUCUAAAUUCAUUCACAUCGCCACCACGCCAAAUUAAAAGUUAAUUAAAUCCCCCUAAAAUCCAAUCAUCAUCUCCCUCUCGCUCUCCAAAAACUAAAAGCAAAUCAAUACUCAACAUCUCUGUGUAUUGAUUUUAGGGCAUGGAAGUAGCGGCUCCGAACUUUUCGCACGGCACGGAUUCCAAUACAGCUAGGGUUCGUGUGAAGAGAAAAGCGUUGAAUUCUGUGCUGGAGCAAUGUCAACGAGCUAUUCAAUUGCUUAACGACACUGGUUUUGUUAAUGACGAUGAUGAUGACGUGUGCAACGAGAACGCCGAUGAGAUUGAUCGGAGCAACGAAACUGAUGAGUUACGCAGUCUCCUUAAAUCUAGAGUUGAGAGACCUGACUUUCUUGAGAAGAUAGAAAGUGCCCAGGUGUCUGUUCCACAGAAUACGUCUGAAGAAGGUAGUACCUGGGACAUGAUUAGUGAAAAGGAUGCGUGGGAAAGUGGGAGUCUCGAUUUAGAAGAAGAUUACGUUCUAGUUAGGCAAGAAGAUAUAGUGGAUGGUAUCGCAUGCUUCAUGGCUGCAUAUUUGUUAUCACUAAAAGAGACUAAGGAUUUGACACCAAAUCAGCUCCAGAACGCUCUGAGCAAAACCUUCUCCCUGAAAAAGAAAAGGGGAAAGCUUCAGAAGGCAUGGGAUGGAAGCAAACUCAUAUACAAUGUUGCAUCAUGGGGAGCAACGGCGAUUGGGAUAUACCAAAAUCCAGCUAUUAUCACCGCAGCUUCAGCAGCCUUCUGGACCUCAUGUAGGGUGAUAUCAAAGUUUUUCUAGGAUGGCCGAGUAGUUGCUUGGUGAAGGCUCGGGUAAUGCAUAGAUCACUGUUUGUUUGUCAUGUUUGCAGCUUAUGUGACCGCAACUUUGUACAUAAUUGGGGUUCCUUGCGUGACACAUGAUAUGUUUCAUCCGAGUCAUCUGACCUUGUUAUAAUCCUGUAAAUAUAUCUCAUUAGUUGAAGAAUCCUUCUGGUUUGCCCUUGGCAAUGAAUGGUGCCAUGUUGCCAGAAAGUAUAGAAAUGUAAAUUAAUAUAUCUUCGUUCUCAGA